AUGAACUCCCGCGGCACCCACACGGCGAUCGUCACCCCCGAGGCCAUGCUCGUGAUCUACUCCCGCCCGCGCGAGGACGCCACGCGGUGGAGCCGCGAGGUGCGCAUCCCCCUGGUGUCGCGCAGCCCCACCGGCCUGCUGGCGUGGGCCAACGAGGAGUUCGGUUACAUCCUGGCCGCCGGCACCGGCGAGGGCAUCGUCAAGGUCUUCGAGCUUCGGCGGCCGCUCAAGCUGGCGGGCGGGGGCGAGCAGCUGGACUCCCAGCAGCCCGAGUGGUCCCUGGCGCAGUCGCUGGAUCUGCGGUCGGAGAGGGGAAUGCUUGAUCUGUGCUUCGCACCGUAUCAGUUUGGGCUGAUGCUGGCCGUGGCGUGUGGGGACGGGCGCGUGGACGUCUUUGCGCCCAGGAGGCUGCUGCCUGCGGAGGGCUGGGAGGUGAAGCACAGGAUCACCCUGCCGGAGGGGUUUGGGGAUGCGUGCCAGCUGGCCUGGAGGCCGUAUUCUGACGGCGUGCCGCAGAUGAUGGCGGUGGGGGGGUCUGGCGGGCUGUCCGUUUUCUCGUACAGGAGGGAGAGAAUGGGGUGGGAGUCGGCGUGCCAUGCGGAGGGGGGGGUGAUGGGGCUUGAUUGGGCCCCCAGUUUGGGGAAGCCGCUGGAGCUGAUCGCCACGUUCGGCGCGGGGCAGGACGUGACAGUGUGGAGGCUGCGGCGGGGGGAGGGGGGGGAGGGGCUGGAGCUGGAGGCCACAGCGGUGCUGCGCCACACGGCGGGGGUGAGCAAGGUGCGGUGGGACAUGCUGGGCGUGUCACUGGCGGCGUCCACGGAGAAGAACGAGGUGUGGGUGUGGAGCAAGGGGGCGGGCUGGGAGUGGGAGUGCAGGAGGAAGAUAGUGGGGGUGGAGGCGGGCGGGGGCAGGGGGAUAGAAGACACAGCUGCACAAGCCUGGGCCUGA